CAAUUGCGUUGUCGACGCGGCGGCGACUGUCUUAUUGUGAAGAGCACGCGCAAAUUUUGCAAAGCUUGCCGUCUGGCUUCCUGUCUUAAAAACGGCAUGAAAAAGGACCUGAUCUCCUCCGUCAAGAAUGAACGCGAACAGCGAGAGUUGCAGUUGAGUCUCAGCGUUGAAGUGGCCCACCUGAAGGCGUACGACUUUGAGCGUUUCACGCAGGUCCAACGGGCGAUGCGCAUCUUCAAGGAGGAGGACCAGCUGCCGCUGGUCAGCCUGGAGGGGCCGGACACGGCGACCAUACUGAACAUCAACCAGUACUACGUCAACGGGACGAUUCGCUACUGCAAGCACUUCGACUGCUUCACCGACCUCUCGCAGGACAAUCAGAUGAUCCUGGUCAAGUGGUUCCACCAGGAGAUGGGCGCCCUCCGGGCGGCCUACAACUACCAGCCGCAGGAGGAUGGAAUUCACGUGCUGGCG